CUGUCUCUGUCUCGCACGUACUCUGGAUCGGCAGUUUAUGAGUGGAAGAAUGGAGAUUGAUUCAAAUGUUGGUGACAUUCCUUCAGUAAAUGAGGGUGAAGAAGUUGAAGAAUCUAAGAAAGAUGAUGGGCAAUUAAAAAGUUUUGCAAUUGAACGUUCUCAAGCGGGGGAGAGAAAAAAGAAAUCAGAAGUCAACCCUCUGAAGCUAUCUUUGUCCACAAAAAUUGGUUGCAAAGCAAGGGUACGAGGUAAUGUACAAAAGGAUGAGGAAUAUAAACUAACCACAGUUAACCUUGAGUAUAAUCAUGAUUUGAUUCUCACCGACUCACGUCAUUUUGCAAUGAAUAAGAAAAUUCUUACUCCUGCGAAGAAAAGAUUAGAAAUUAAUGAUCAAGCAAGGAUUAGGGUGUCUAGGAACUUAUAUGAACUGUUUAUAGUAGCUUCUUGGUUUUUAAAGAUUAUGUUACACUAUUUAGUGCAACUUCUGUUCAUUAUUUAA